ACGCACUCAAAAACCCUAAUUUCUGAUUUUCUCCACUACCUCCAACAAACCAACCAAUCCACCACCAGGGUUUCUUCCGGAAGCUUUACUUUGUCUUCUUUAAUUGUCAAUUCAAUCAAAUCAAAUCUCACUGGUUUUUAUCGCAAUGGCGGCGGAGGACAAAAAUGGAAAUCGAAGUGAGGUGAGUGAGUACACAUCAGAGGAUGAGGGGACAGAGGAUUACAGGAGAGGAGGGUACCAUGCGGUGCGUAUUGGUGAUUCUUUCAAGAAUGGUCGCUAUGUGGUACAGACUAAGCUUGGCUGGGGCCAUUUCUCUACUGUUUGGCUUGCUUGGGACACUCAAACUUCUCAUUAUGUAGCUUUGAAAGUCCAGAAGAGUGCUCAGCACUAUACUGAGGCAGCCAUGGAUGAGAUAAAGAUCCUCAAGCAGAUUGCUGAUGGAGACCCUGAAGAUAAAAAGUGCGUGGUGAAGCUUCUAGAUCAUUUUAAGCAUUCAGGGCCAAAUGGACAGCAUGUGUGUAUGGUUUUUGAGUAUUUGGGAGAUAACCUUUUGACCCUUAUUAAGUAUACUGAUUACCGAGGGGUUCCUUUACAGAUGGUGAAAGAAAUCUGUUUCCAUGUUUUAGUGGGUUUGGAUUAUUUGCAUCGUGAGCUUUCGAUUAUUCACACUGAUUUGAAGCCAGAGAAUAUAUUGCUUUUGUCAAUGAUUGAUACAUCUAAAGAUCCCUGUAAAUCAGGUGCCCCUCUCAUCCUUCCUACAAAAAAGGAUAAAAUUGUGACUGAGUCCAGUGCUUCUAAAGAAAUUAAGAGUUCAUAUGGGGAUCUGACCAAGAAUCAAAAAAAGAAGAUCCGAAAGAAGGCUAAGAAGGCAGCUCAGGGUUCAGGGAAUGAAGCAUCUGAGGAAAAUGAGGCAGAUUCCAAAACAUCUAGUCCUGAUAGUUGUCGUAUUGAUAAGAAAUCUAAUGAGGAUUCUGUUGAAGAACAGAAUGUUUCUUUGAGUAAAGAUGAAUCAAGUAAGAAUAGUGGAAUAAAGGAUGCUAGUCAAGGAAAUCAAAGUAAUAGAAGACCUAGCCGUUCCACAAGGAAAAAGCUUUUGGCAGCAGUUGAUCUGAAGUGUAAAUUGGUUGAUUUUGGAAAUGCUUGUUGGACAUACAAACAAUUUACAAAUGACAUUCAGACUAGGCAGUAUAGAUGUCCAGAGGUUCUUCUUGGAUCUAAAUACUCAACUUCAGCUGAUUUAUGGUCCUUUGCUUGCAUAUGCUUUGAGCUGGCCACGGGCGAUGUUCUUUUUGAUCCUCAUAGUGGUGACAACUAUGAUAGGGAUGAGGAUCACUUGGCGUUAAUGAUGGAGCUUCUUGGGAUGAUGCCACGCAAGGUGGCGUUAGGUGGUCGUUAUUCUCGUGAUUUCUUCAAUAGACAUGGGGAUUUGAGGCACAUUCGUCGUUUGCGCUUCUGGCCUCUUAAUAAGGUGCUUGCAGAGAAGUACGACUUCAGUGAGCAAGAUGCAAAUGACAUGGCUGACUUCCUUGUUCCAUUACUUGAUUUUGUCCCUGAAAAGAGACCAACAGCAGCUCAAUGUCUUAGUCAUCCAUGGCUCAGUGCUGGACCUCGGCUUCUUCAGCCUUCAAUGGGUGCUAUGGAGCCCAGGACAACAGAAGAGAGUAUAUCUGAAAAGAAGAGAGAGACAGAUGAGAGGGAAGCCAUGGAGGUGGGAAUGGGGAAUAUAGCCAUUAAUGGAGAUUCAAAUCCACUCAAAGAAACCCAAGCCAUUCUAAAUUCCACAUCAUAGAUAGACUAACUUGUCCAGGUAGUGUUUGUCACAUGUUUUUCUGAUACUUUUUUAUCACCUGUAUAACCUGCCAAAUGUGGCCUCUAUCAUUCCUAUGAAAAGUUGGGUUUUGCGUAUCGAGAUCUGUAUUAUGAUGUGAUGAAUUGACUUAAGAACCUUUGGUCAUUGAGUCAUCACUCAUGUAAUGGGUUAGUGGUUUAGUCGGUUGUUUUCUCCUGCUCUAGAAACAGAACCUCCUGGCUUUGUUCAAAUUACAGUAUGUCUCAAGUGAACCCUCCAGUUACGUCACAGAUUUAGUUUAGUGUAUUCUUGUACAAUUCACAAUUAUUUUCCAGCGGUUCAUGUAUCAAAAACUUAUUCUAGAUCA